AUGAUUGUUACUAAUGACCUAGUGACUCGUUCCCACAAAAUUAAUGAUCGGGACCACCCAGCCGAUGGCAUGGUGGUCCAUGAACAACUACCACGUUACUUUGGCAAGUCCGGCCCUACUGAUGCUGAUCCACGCAAGACCAAGAAAGAUGGAGGCGGGAAAGGUAACUGGGGCCGAUCUGGGGACGAAUCACAAGACUCUGGUUAUACUUUCACCAAUGCUCGCCGACGUUCUAAUAGCAGCACCCAAGGCCUCACUGAGUUUAGAACAAAAUUUGAGACUGUUGAGACAGAGCCUGUCUUCGAAGAACAGCUCCAUGAUACACCUGAAGUGACUACGGUGAAUGAAAACAUGGUGACCAAAGUAGAGUCCACCAGCAGCAGCAAUGAAAGUGAAACAGACCAAGGAGGAAUCUAA